CAAAACAUGAUCAAGAGGUAUCUCAUCCGAAUAUGCCACGUGUCAAGCUAGCCGUGGCUAGGAUUGAUUACACAGUCCACGUCAGCUUACUAGAAACAGCUCAAUGCCUUGUCUUGACACUUUCUUCCACUUUUUCUUCUUCAAAGUUUGAUGAUACGGAGAGGGCAAUUUUUGGUAUAGAAGGAGAGAGAGACAUGGAGGCUCUGAAAACCGCUACCUUUAGCCCUAUGUCGGUUCUAUCCGAGAAAAGAUCAGAACCCCGAAAGCCCUUCACGCUCCCUAACCUCUUUCCUCAAAAAUCACCGCAACCAAUCUCCCAAGAAAGCUUCUUGAGGAGAUUCAAUGGUGGAUUGGCUCUUCUGACCUCUGUUCUAAGCAGUGCAACAGCUCCUGCUAAAUCCCUGACGUACGAGGAGGCUCUGCAACAAUCUACGACCACUUCUUCAUCAUUUGAUUCGGAUGGUCUGAUUGAAGGGAUAUCCAAUUUCGUCACAGACAAUCCUCUGGUUAUUGCCGGUGGAGUUGCUGCAUUGGCUGUUCCGUUUGUUCUGUCUCAGGUUUUGAACAAAAAGCCUAAAGCUUGGGGAGUUGAGUCUGCUAAGAAUGCUUAUACCAAGUUGGGUACUGAUGAUAAUGCUCAGUUGCUUGACAUAAGAGCCACUGCUGAUCUCAGACAAGUGGGCAGUCCUAACAUUAAGGGUUUGGGUAAAAAAACAGUUUCUACUGUUUAUAACGGAGAAGACAAGCCUGGUUUCUUGAAGAAGCUUUCUUUGAAGUUUAAAGAUCCUGAGAACACCACAUUGUACAUUCUGGACAAGUAUGAUGGAAAUUCUGAGCUUGUUGCGGAACUAGUAGCUCUUAAUGGAUUCAAAACUGCUUACGCGAUUAAAGAUGGUGCAGAAGGACCUAGAGGCUGGGUGAAUAGCGGCUUGCCUUGGAUAGAGCCAAAGAAGACUCUCAGUCUUGAUUUGAGCAGUUUGACGGAUAGCAUCAGCGGUGUAUUUGGUGAGAGUUCUGAUGGUGUGUCUGUCGCUCUUGGAGUAGCUGCUGCUGCUGGAGUAAGUGUUUUUGCAUUUACAGAGAUUGAAACCAUACUCCAACUACUAGGUUCAGCUGCACUAGUUCAGCUUGCGGGCAAGAAACUUUUAUUUGCUGAGGACCGAAAGCAAACUCUAAAACAGGUGGAUGAGUUCUUGAACACAAAGGUUGCCCCUAAAGAACUUGUUGAUGAGUUAAAGGAAAUAGGAAAGGCUCUUCUUCCUCCAUCAACAAGCAGCAAAGCUCUUCCUGCACCAGCAGCAGUAGCAGCAGAAGCACCUACAGCUACAGCUACAACCACCACUGUCGAUAAACCAGUACCUGAGCCAGUAGCAGAAACAGCUACAAAUACCACCGUAGAUAAACCAGUAGCAGAAGCAGCUGCAGCCACCACCGUAGAUAAACCAGUACCUGAGCCAGAGCCAAAGCCAGCGCCAGCGCCAGCGGUUGAAGCCGCAGCUGCACAAGUAAUAACAGAACCAACUGAAACAGAAGCCAAACCAAAACCUCAUUCAAGACCUCUCUCUCCAUAUGCAUCGUACCCUGACCUGAAGCCUCCAUCUUCUCCGAUGCCAUCGCAGCCCUGAAAAAAAUCAAAAUCAAAAUAAGCAGUCUCUCUUUUUACAUAUUCUGGUUUUACCUCCUGCAAACAGAAGAACAAAAUUGGUCGAAUCUUGUAACUUGUUCUUUUUUCUCUUUUAACUUUUCUCCGGAACUUAGAUGCUGCCUUGUGUCGAAUCUGAGAUAAGUGGACUCUUGUGUUUUUUCUACCCUUUAUACCGCCAUUGAGUGUAAGUUCAAAUAAGUGUCGGUCAUCGCACGAGUUACAAACGAAUAUUAAGGGGCCUUCAAUCAAUCAAAAGCUUCUGAGAGGAUCCAAAGGUGUUGAAGGGGGUUUUUGUCUGACGAUAUAAAAGUUCCUAGAGAAAUUUGCAGAUAUCUUGUGUGAUAUGUGUGGACCUUCUUUGUUGGAAAGAUCUCAUUUAUUCCUCUUGA